UUUGCAUUAAAUGCUGUACACUGUGGUGUCAGACACAGUGUCUCAGGUCACCGCAGGUACACUUACAUCUCGGAUGUCACACGUCUGAGUCCAGGUGAAGACGUGUUCAGCAGGUGGGUACACGGUGUGGCGUUUCCUCUCUUCACAGACAAACUGCAUCAACUGUGGCAGAGACAUGGAGUUAUUUAAACAGUUCAUAACCACAGAGACACACAGCGUGACGACUCUCGCUCGCUCACUCGUUUAAAGUAGGGUUUUCCAAAUUCCUCCGACAGUCCCUCCGUCCAGCUUUCCCCAAAGCCCGGAGGUGUUCGAGCAGAGGCGAGUUUCUUCAGCGCUGCGUUCUUGUUGCGGGCGAUCCUGUCCAGCUGGUCCGAGGAGAGAGGAGCAGGAGGCGGGCUGGACGGCUCCGGCUCCACCGCCACGGACUUCAGCUUCUUCUGCACAAUUGAAGCAUUUUCAACGAAAUACACAGCGGGUGAUAAGCGCGCAGACUGGUUUAGAAACCGUCGACAGUAAAGUGCAAACAUUUUUCGCGCUGUGGAAGCUAUUUUGCUCCACUUUUGACAACGACCAAGAACACAGCAGUGCUCGUGAACGCAGCUUGGAUUACGCUGAACGUGUCUUAAAUAGGACUACAACUACACUGUAAUUGUUUGAAUACUAAUAACGUUAUGUUUUAACAGUACAAGCUAGACACGUGUUUGAUGUUAGCUGACAAACUGAAGAAGAAGUGACGCUCACCGGGUCCUUGGCAUCCUCCUCGGCUUCAUUUAUAUCCUUAGAAAUUCUCUUCUUCGACACAGGCGAAAAAAACGAGUUGAUAGUUUUUUGUCCAAUCAUUUUGUUGAAAAACACCUUGGCGGUCUUUAAAACCCCUAAAAUCAAGGUCCCCAGAGCCCCACAGACCACCGGUUACUGCAAUGGAAAAGUUUGUGAAUAAACUCUCCUGCACUAACAAUGCCAGACGUCCAGAGAAGAGGAUCAAACUGGAGAGCGAUGAGGAAGACGAGUUCUCUCAUCCUGUUCCCUGGCAGAAAAUAGAGUCGGAGGGACUAGACUGUGACUAUGCUCUGCUGCUCUCCAAAGAGGAAGCGGACCACAUGUUUAAACAGCUGGAGGAGGAGGUGGUGUACUCAACAGGGGAAAAAGCAAAGGUCCGAGUGUUUGGAAAGGUGCACAGUAUACCGAGACAGCAGGCCACAUAUGGAGAUGCAGGUCUGACCUACACUUAUUCUGGAGUGACACGUUUAGCCUGCCCGUGGACUCCAACCUUGGAACAUAUUCGGGACGUUGUCACGAAAACAACUGGACAAACAUUUAACUUUGUUCUGGUUAACAGGUACAAAGAUGGGCAGGAUCACAUGGGGGAGCACCGCGAUGACGAGAAGGAGCUGGACCCCCUCUGCCCCAUCGCCUCCGUCUCUCUGGGAGCGGCACGAGACUUCAUCUUUCGGCACAGAGACGCUCGGGGGAAGCGUAGUCGGCGACAAAUCGACCCUGUGAAGCUGGAGCUCGCUCACGGAAGCUUGCUCCUCAUGAACUCACCGACCAACACUUUCUGGUACCACAGCCUCCCUGUCCGCAAGAAGAUCUCCCUGCCUCGCAUCAACCUCACCUUCAGACGCAUCCUACUGGACAGAAAGAAAUGACCAAGCGGGCAUGAUCACCCAGGCCUUUGGGGCCAGUGCCCAAGAGGCCUUUUGACUGUGGGGCCCACAUUUUGGAUGAAAAAGAGGACAAACCUGUUAGUGUCCCUGGGCACAUGGAUAAAUAUCAUAAAUGUGUUUAUGUAUAGCUGAAUCGCUGAAAAUCAGGAGCAUUUACUCCUUUAAAUGAUGUAUAGUACUUAUUAUUGUACAGUACUUAUUAUUGUGCAAAAAAAUGUACCUUCUAUCUCUACAAUGUUUUGUCUGAAAACCCUCAGUAAAGGCUGCAUGCUUCACCGUCUUACAGAGAUUCAGUGUUUGGGUCAAGAACACUUCAGGAAGUCUGUUUGAUCUUGAGCAUGUCUGCUGUCACACUAUCGUUUCAAAAGUACCAAAUAAUUACUCUUGCUCUAGUUAGCUUUAAUUUUUAAUACCUGAAAACAAUCACCUUCACAGAUUGCACAAAAAAUACACACAAUCUCACAUGAAUAUACAUUAGUGCAAAUCGCAAACAUUAAUGGGUUUUGCACCCGGCCAUUCCUCAAUUUGACUUAGUUGGUUUGGAGCGAUGGCAGCUACACAGAAUACAAAAUAUUCAGAAGAACUUGCCCAAAAACCUGCAGUCACCCUGUGGCUUUAUUUACUGAGAGCUGAUCAUCGCUAAUAAUCUGUUGAACUGUUGCAC